CCCCUUUUUAAACCAUCUAUAAAUAUUCCCCAUUGUUCUCCAUUCCUCAUAAGAAGAUUUUCUUUGGGUCACCAAGAAAUAUAAAAAGCUAAUUAAGCUUUUUUUUCUUUGCCUAAAGUCUCCCAUUAGUUAACCCUCAUUCUUCUAAUUCUCUUUUUAAGCUUUGAUAAAAUGAAUUAUUCUACGUUUGGCUUCAUCAUUCUCCUUCUUCUGCCUAUCUCUUUCCAAAUAACAUUAGGGGACUCGAGAACGAGAGACAGCAACAUGAUAGAGUGCAAGAGUUUAGAGAAAAACAAGUGUGCAUUUGCGGUUUCAUGGUCCGGAAAAAGGUGUGUCCUUGAAAAGUCAGUGAAACGCAGCGGAGAAGAAGCAUUCACAUGUCGGACGUCCGAGAUCGAGGCCGACCGAUUACAAAACAUUGUUGAAACAGAGGAGUGUGUCAAAGGUUGUGGACUCGACAGGAACACUCUCGGCAUCUCAUCUGACUCCCUUCUAGACACUAGCUUCACUCGCAAACUUUGUUCCUCUCGUUGUUACAACCAUUGUGCCAAUGUUGUCGACCUCUUCUUCAACCUGGCCGCUGGAGAAGGUGUUUUUCUUCCAAAGUUGUGUGAAGUUCAAGGAGGAAAUGUGAGAAGAGGAAUGUCGGAGAUUAGAAGCUCAGGGAUUGUCGCACCGGGACCAAUUCAACCAGUUUCUUUGUCUAUUGCGCCGGCAGUUGCACCAAGACCGAUUCACGCGAUCUCUUUAUCAGCUGCUCCAGCAAUGGCUCCGACGAUGAAUGGAGCUUAAUCAUCUUUACAUGGAGGAAGAAAAGAAAGAAAGAAAAGAAAGAUCAUAAUUAAUAUUAGAGAGUUUUAAUUUUGAUGUUAUAGAAGAUAUGAAUUUCUACAUUGUAGUAUAGUGUUAAGAGUGUGUGAUAGAUAGAGUGUGGAAUAAUUGGGCUAAAGAGCUACUGUGGUUUGUUGGUGUGGUGGAGGCUCUCUCCAUUUCCUUAUACUAUAAUGCAAUGAGAUUUAGAUGUAUCGUAUGAAAUAAAAAUUAAGUUUAAUUUUA